GAGCCCGGGAACAUGAAUAAUACAAAUAAAGAGCGUAUAAAAGUAUUAUAUGUUAGAAGUUUAAGACUAUUCUCACGUUGGACUACUUACAGCCUUAGUGAGCUCUCUACACAUAUUUUUUAACAUUUUCUUUAUUUAUUUAGAAAUCAACAAUCAUGCGUGAGUGUAUUUCCAUCCACAUUGGCCAAGCUGGGGUACAGAUGGGCAAUGCCUGUUGGGAGUUGUACUGCUUGGAACAUGGUAUCCAACCUGAUGGUCUCAUGCCAUCAGAUAAAACAGUCGGAAUGGGAGAUGAUUCAUUCAACACGUUCUUUAGUGAAACUGAUGCAGGCAAACAUGUACCUAGAGCAAUAUUUGUGGAUUUGGAACCAACUGUCGUAGAUGAAGUUAGAACUGGUGCAUAUCGUCAACUCUUUCACCCAGAGCAACUUAUAACAGGAAAAGAAGAUGCUGCUAAUAAUUAUGCUCGAGGCCAUUACACCAUUGGUAAAGAGAUCGUCGACAGCGUCCUGGACAGAAUCCGAAAACUGACCGAUAACUGCACUGGUUUACAAGGUUUCCUCAUCUUCCACAGUUUUGGUGGUGGAACCGGCUCUGGGUUCUCUUCCCUGUUGAUGGAACGCUUGAGUGUCGAUUACGGUAAAAAGUCGAAACUCGAGUUCUCUAUCUACCCCGCUCCACAGAUUUCAACUGCUGUGGUUGAACCCUACAACUCUAUCCUCACUACCCACACUACUCUAGAACAUUCCGACUGUGCCUUUAUGGUUGAUAACGAAGCUAUUUAUGACAUCUGUCGCAAGAAUCUUGACAUCGAACGCCCAACCUACACAAACCUCAACCGACUGAUCGGACAGAUUGUCAGCUCUAUUACGGCCUCUCUCCGAUUCGAUGGUGCUCUUAACGUCGACUUGACCGAGUUCCAGACUAACUUGGUACCCUACCCACGUAUCCAUUUCCCACUAGCUACUUAUGCUCCAGUUAUAUCGGCAGAAAAGGCGUUCCAUGAACAACUGUCCGUUGCUGAGAUCACCAACGCAUGCUUUGAACCAGCGAAUCAGCUGGUAAAAUGCGACCCACGUCAUGGUAAAUACAUGGCAUGCUGCUUGUUAUAUCGAGGGGAUGUUGUUCCCAAGGAUGUUAACGCUGCUAUUGCCACCAUCAAGACCAAGAGAAGCAUCCAGUUUGUGGAUUGGUGUCCAACUGGUUUUAAAGUGGGUAUCAACUACCAACCACCAACUGUUGUACCAGGAGGUGAUCUGGCGAAAGUCCAGAGAGCCAUGUGUAUGUUGAGUAACACCACUGCUAUUGCUGAAGCAUGGGCUCGUCUUGAUCAUAAAUUUGAUCUGAUGUACGCUAAGCGAGCUUUCGUACAUUGGUAUGUCGGUGAAGGGAUGGAAGAGGGUGAAUUCUCUGAGGCCAGGGAAGAUUUGGCUGCCCUAGAGAAGGAUUAUGAAGAAGUGGGUGUUGACUCGAAUGAUGGUGAAGCCGGAGAGGAUGGUGAUGAAUAUUAACUUCCGAUUACAACAUCGUCCAAUGCUAAUUUGAACACCAAACACGUGUAAUUUAUUUAUUUUAGACACAAAACUGAAAUUUUACCAUUCUUUACCACAAAUAUUGUUUGAAUUACAUACCAAUCUGAUUAUAAAUAUACACGAAACGAAACAAAUGUGUCAUGUUAUUUUAAUUAGAUUAAAUUACACAGCUUUUGUUGUUUUAAAAAACACAACAUACCAGAUAUACAUAUAGUCUUCCAUUCCAAAGAUGAACCCAUUGCUUUAAUAAUAAUUUCUGCAUGAAUUCCCGUUGAGUUCUAAACCCUUUUUGUUUUAUCACAUAGCGUAUUUUGAUUUAAAAACCUUUCACCUAGAAUCUCCCCCUCUUGUCGUAUAGAAUAGAAUAGAACCAAUUCAACAAAUAGUCGUGCAAUGUAAACCAGGCUUAAUAAUAGUUUAUGUAUCCAUAUUUAUAAGAGUUAUCAUUUUUUAACUGACUAUAAUAACUGUAUCAUGACUAUAGUUUUAUUUUGACAAUGCUGAUGCAAUGGUGCUUGUAAGGAAAGACUGAACUAUUUAUUUAUAUGUUCAAUAUUUCAAUUAUAAUAAUUCAAUACAGAGCUGAUUUUUAAAGCCAGAAA